UGUCACUACGCAUGCGGCCAAUUCGUUAGCUUGAGAAGGGAACAUGGCGGCGUCCCUGAUUUGCGGCCGACUGUCGGCUAGCCUGAGAAAUUCUGGGGCAAGAUCGACAUUUAACACUGCAUCCAAAGUAAGUCUACAUUGAGAAAAACGUUAUGAAAUCCGACUGCCUGUACAUGUGAUACUUUUUCUGCUGCACCAUCUUCGACGUCCAAAGAAGUCCCCGAGAAGUGACUGGGUGAAAUUUGACAUUCGCCCAUCUCCUUUGAGGUAGUAGCUAGGGAACUGGCUAUGUUGGCUAGCUAGCCACAUUGCUCAUGUUUAGCUCGCUAGCUAACGUCGUUGCUUUUUUAGCGAUGGCAAGACGAAUGUAUCAAUAAACAACAAUGUAUUAAAACAAGCUUAUGGGGGUUCAGGGAUUUGUGUUUGCUAACAAGAGCUUUUCGCUCACAUACAGUAGUAGUUGUUUAGACAGUGACCUCCAACACAGCUGUCAUACACUAGAGACGUCAGGACGGGGACGACGGGGAGGAGAUCCAGGAACGUCAUGCCCAUAGGGGGCACAGGGGUACGUGCCCCAUCAGAUUUGUCCUGUAUAAUAAAAAAAUAAAAAUAAAAUUCUUCUUCGCUAUAAUACUACUAUCCACCAAGCAAUUUUAUGAAGUUGGCUUUAGCUAGCCCAGAUAGGUUCCCAACCUCAUAACUAGCUACCAAGAAGCCAUUUAAAGCUAUCAAUGAAGUUAGUGGCUAGCUUGACCAUCUUAACUGGCAUACCUGCUGGCAAGGUUGGUAGACUUUAGAAAGGCAAUAACUAAAUGUACUGAAUAAGACUCACAUUACUUUCGAUCUUUUACCCAGAUUUUAGCAGAGAUGCAGAGAAGCAUAUUUAGUUUCUUUAAAAAAAGAACCAACAGUCGGGAGGAUACAGACAGCUCAAGAGGUAUGCUUAGAUAUGCUGAAAUAUAUAUAUAUAUUUUUUUACAUAGAAUUAAGUAUAAUUAUUAUGGCUCUAGAUUGCAGGUAAAAGCUGUUUCACGUGUUUGAAAAAAAUUCUAAAUUCUCCAGCCCCCCAGCCAUCCUCACAUACUUUCUGCCUCCUCUGAUUUUUGGGGUGCAUGGUGCCCCUGGGGGGUGAAUGGAGGAUAUGCGCCAUUGAGGCUGUCACAUCUGUUCGUGCUCACUUGCACGGACAAAGCUAGAUUUGUAAGGGACAUUUUUGGAACCAAGUUGGCCUUUUUAGAUUUGAAAAAACGGGUUUGAUGUUGACAGAAUUAUUCAUUUGACGCCCAAAUGACAUGUUUGAUGUGUUCCUCUUUCAUAUCUGCAAACUUCCAGCAUUGCACACAUCUACUUCACAUUUUUUGUUGUGUGUAUGGGCCUCUUAGUGUUUUGUAUGGGUGUGGCUAUUCUUAUUCUGUGUCCUUUCACAUAGUGCUAUGUUCUACCCUGACAUAUGAGUAGGCACUGUCAUGUCACUGCAUCGUGUACACCCCCCCCCCCCCCCCCCCCCCCAUCACCUUUUCUCUCCUCUAUCCCCCUCCGUCUCCCCUCUCCCCAGGUGCUGGGUGGUUCCUCCGGCCUUCUUGGGGCUCAGCAGCAGCCCCCCAACCUUCAGCAGCAGCAGAGGAACCUCUCCCUGCAUGAGUACAUGAGCAUCGGCCUGCUCAAAGAGGCUGGCGUCUGUGUGCCCGAGGGCAAGGUUGCCAGCUCACCCGAUGAAGCCUACUCUGUUGCCAAGGAGAUUGGUAAGCCAUGCCUUAAUAGGAUGUGGGCAAAUUAAUUGGAGUAGGCUAACUUGAGGAUGAACACUUUGAAUUGGCAGUAGUUCUAUAUUACAGUGCGUUCGGAAAGUACUGUAUAUAUCUCAAUCGCACUCCACACUGCCCUUUCCCACCUCAACAAAAGGAACACAUAUGUGAGAAUGCUGUUCAUUGACUACAGCUCAGCGUUCAACACCAUAGUGCCGACAAAGCUCAUCACUAAGCUAAGGACCCUGGGACUAACCACCUCCCUCUGCAACUGGAUCCUGGACUUCCUGACGGGCCGCCCCCAGGUGGUAAGGGUAGGCAACAACACAUCUGCCACACUGAUCCUCAACGCGGGGGCCCCUCAGGGGUGCGUGCUUAGUCCCCUCCUGUACUCCCUGUGGCCAAGCAUGACUCCAACACCAUCAUUAAGUUUGCUGACGACACAACGGUGGUAGGCCUGAUCACCGACAACGAUGAGACAGCCUAUAGGGAGGAGGUCAGAGACCUGUCAGUGUGGUGCCAGGACAACAACCUCUCCCUCAACGUGACCAAGACAAAGGAGAUGAUCGUGGACUACAGGAAAAGGAGGGCCGAGCAUGCCCCCAUUCACAUCGACAGGGCUGUAGUGGAGUGGGUCGAGAGUUUCAAGUUCCUUGGUGUCCUCAUCACCAAUAAACUAUCAUGGUCCGAACACACCAAGAAAGUCGUGAAGCGGGCACGACAACGCCUUUUCCCCCUCAGGAGACUGAAAAGAUUUGGCAUGGGUUCCCAGAUCCUCAAAUAGAUCCUCAUCCUGACCGGUUGCAUCACCGCCUGGUAUGGCAACUGCUCGGCAUCCGACCGUAAGGUGGGGCGGCAGGUGGCUUAGUGGGUAAGAGCGUUGUGCCAGUAACCGAAAGGUCGCUGGUUCUAAUCCCCAAGCCGACUAGGUGAAAAAUCUGUCGAUGUGCCCUUGAGCAAGGCACUUAACCCUAAUUGCUCCUGUAAGUCGCUCUGGAUAAGAGCGUCUGCUAAAUGACUAAAAUGUAAAUGUAAAUGUACUACAGAGGAUAGUGCGUACAGCCCUGUACAUCACUGGGGUCAAGCUUCCUGCCAUCCAGAACCUAUAAACUAGGCGUUGUCAGAGGAAGGCCGUGCUACCGCAUGGCAAGCGGUACCGGAGCGCCAAGUCUAGGUCCAAAAAGCUCCUUCACAGCUUCUACCCCCAAGCCAUAAGACUGCUGAACAAUUAAUCAAAUGGGCACCUGGACUAUUUGCAUUUGUUUUUACACUGCUGCUUCUCACUGUUUAUUAUCUAUGCAUAGUCACUUUACCCCAACCUACAUGUACAAAUUACCUCGACUAACCUGUACCCCUGCACAUUGACUCGGUACUGGUACCCACUGUAUAUAGCCUCAUUAUACAGUGCCUUGCAAAAGUAUUCAUCCCCCUUGGCGUUUUUCCUAUUUUGUUGCAUUACAAACUGUAAUUGAAAUGAAUUUUUAUUAGGAAUUCAUGUAAUGGACAUACACAAAAUAGCCAAAUUGGUGAAGUGAAAUGGAGAAAAAAAACGUCAUUAAAAAAAAUUAAUAAUAAUGGAAAAGUGGUGCGUGCAUAUGUAUUCACCCCCUUUGCUAUGAAUCCACUAAAUAAGAUCUGGUGCAACCAAUUACCUUCAGAAGUCACAUAAUUAGUUAAAUAAAGUCUAAGUGUCACAUGAUCUGUCACAUGAUCUCAGUAUGUAUACAACUGUUCUGAAAGGCCCCAGUCUGCAACACCACUAAGCAAGGAGCACCACCAAGCAAGCGGCACCAUGAAGACCAAGGAGCUCCCCAAACAGGUCAGGGACAAAGUUGUGGAGAAGUACAGAUCAGGUUGGGUUAUAAAAAAAUAUCAGAAACUUUGAACAUCCACAGAGCACCAUUAAAUCCAUUAUUUAAACAUUGAAAGAAUAUGGCAUCACAUCAAACAUGCCAAGAGAGGGCAGCCCACGAAAACUCACGGACCAGGCAAGGAGGGCAUUAAUCAGAGAGGCAACAAAGAGACCAAAGAUAACCCUGAAGGAGCUGCAAAGCUCCACAGCAGAGAUUGGAGUAUCUGUCCAUAGGACCACUUUAAGCCGGACACUCCACAGAGCUGGGAUUUACGGAAGAGUGGCCAGAAAAAAGCCAUUGCUUAAAGAAAAAAAUAAGCUAACACGUUUGGUGUUCAUUAAAAGGCAUGUGGGAGACUCCCCAAACAUAUGGAAGAAGGUACUCUGGUCAGAUUAGACUAAAAUUGAACUUUUUGGCCAUCAAGGAAAACGCUAUGUCUGGCGCAAACCCAACACGUCUCAUCACCCCGAGAACACCAUCCCCACAGUGAAGCAUGUUUUUCAUUGGCAGGGACUGGGAAACUGUCAGAAUUGAAGGAAUGAUGGAUGGCGCUAAAUACAGGGAAAUUCUUGAGGGAAACCUGUUUCAGUCUUUCAGAGAUUUGAGACUGGGACGGAUGUUCACCUUCCAGCAGGACAAUGACCCUAAGCAUACUGCUAAAGCAACACUCGAGUGGUUUAAGGGGAAACAUUUAAAUGUUUUGGAAUGGCCUAGUCAAAGCCUAGACCUCAAUCCAAUGGAGAAUCUGUGGUAUGACUUAAAGAUUGCUGUACACCAGCGGAACCCAUCCAACUUGAAGGAGCUGGAGCAGUUUUGCCUUUGAAGAAUGGGCAAAAAUCCCAGUGGCUAGAUGUGCCAAGCUUAUAGAGACAUACCCCAAGAGACUUGCAGCUGUAAUUGCUACAAAAUGUGGCUCUACAAAGUAUUGACUUUGGGGGGGUGAAUAGUUAUGCACGCUCAAGUUUUCUGUUUUUUUGUCUUUUAUUUCUUAUUUGUUUCACCCAAAAAAAUAUUUGGCAUCUUCAAAGUGGUAGGUAUGUUGUGUAAAUCAAAUGAUACACCCCAAAAAAAUCAAUUUUAAUUCCAGGUUGUAAGGCAACCAAAUAGGAAAAAUGCCAAGGGGGGUGAAUACUUUCGCAAGCCACUGUGUUACUUUUUUAUUUAUUUUAUUUUUUACUUUAGUUUAUUUAGUAAAUCUUUUCUUAACUCUAUUUUCUUAAAACUGCGUUUUUGGUUAAGGGCUUGUAAGUAAGCAUUUCACGGUAAGGUCUACACCUGUUGUUUUCAGUGCAUGUGACAAAUAACAUUUGAUUUUGAUGUCAGACCAGGUAGUAGUGAGUGAGUAGUGUGUUCUAAAUACAAUAGGCCUAUUCAUUGUUGUUUGACGGAGCAAAAGUGCUGAGCGAUUAACCAGAAUGUCUGAUAUUGUUCGUUUUUUAAACAACAACUACAAUGACUGUAAUCCAUUGGGUGCCUACUUGUCCGAUCUGUGGGUUUCUUUUACGCCUGCUAUGUUAGGUUAUUGUGGGGCAGACAGAGAGAGAGAAAAGAGAUGAAUGCGCGAUAGAGAAUAGUUGCUUCGCAAGAUACAGUAUCUCUACCUGAAAAUACAUGAUCUAAGUGAUUGAUAGUUGGUAUUCAGCUGUCAUAAAAGUAUGCCUUAUUUACUUUGAAGAACUACUAAAAUAGUGAUUUUGUCAGACAGCAUAGGCAGCAGCUCUAUAGAGAUGAGAUGAUGACUUGGAAUUAAAUAAUAAAGUCAUCAAAUAAAACAAAUGUAAUAUAUACAACAAUUAAGAUUUUAUUUUUAGUAAUGUGAAUAAACAAUGGUUAAUAAGUGAUAAGCAGUAAUGAGCAGUCACUACCAUCAUGGGACUUUUAUUAAUUGUUUUAUUCUGUUACAGCAUUCAACCCUACUCUUGGACUAGCCUUUUUGAUAAAUGGCAUUGCUCUGGACUAGGGAUAAUCGUUUAAUUUGAUUCAGACUGUAGUCCUGUGUUUACAUAGAGGUUUUAGGCAUGUCAUUUUUAGGUAGCCUACUCUCUGUAACUAACUGUAAUAGUGUAUUGUUGUCUAACUUUGUUAAUAUGUUACUGUACUAGAUCAAUAAAGUUAAAUUGAAUUGCGCAGUCACCAUCUCUGCCCUACUGAAUUCCUCUGUGGUAAUGAGUAUGGCUAAACAUGAUGUAGAACAAUGUCUCCAUUCACUAUGUAGCUUACUUGAUGCUAACACAUCGUUUUCUGGUUGUGGAUACAGAUUAACUUGACAAUGUCCAGAAGUAGCCUAGUCAUUUAGGGCCAUGAGUGCAUGCCUUUGCUAGGAAGGUUGUGUUAGAUAGUGUUUGCACUGACAAUGUUUUGUGCAGUUUGUACGUCUGCAUUAUUAUCGGUGUGUGUGUGUAAAUGGCAGUGGAAUGUUGGGCAUGUCCUGUAACUGUUACGGUCUCGCUCUCUCUCCCUCUGUGUGUGUGUGUCUUAGGCACCAAGGAUCUGGUGGUGAAGGCUCAGGUGUUGGCUGGAGGCCGAGGCAAAGGCACCUUCGAGGGAGGUCUGAAGGGAGGAGUGAAGAUUGUCUACUCGUGAGUGUCAGAGACAUCUCCUCUCAAACUGCACCCACAUUUCUACUCUUGUCUGAAUGUGGCAAUGUGUAAAUUCUUCUGUCUCUCUUCCACUCUCCUACAGGCCAGAGGAGGCCCGGGACAUCUCCUCUCAGAUGAUUGGUCGUAAGCUGUACACCAAGCAGACAGGCGAGCAGGGCCGUAUCUGUAACCAAGUUUUCAUCUGUGAGCGCAGGUACCCCCGCAGGGAGUACUACUUCGCCAUCACCAUGGAGAGAUCCUUUCAGGUGAGGUCAUUCCCGCCCUUUCACGCCUCUCUGGUGACAACAGCUGACAAAUCACGCUCCGCCAUUCUGGGUCAGGCCGUCAAAUUUGACAAAUUGGGCAGCUGUGUUAUUCUUGAUUUCGAAUGUUGAAAGUGUUGUGUUUGAUGGUACCACUAGAUGGCGUAGUGGUAAAGGACAUUGCCAUGGACAUGUUGGAAAUGCUUGUGCUCCAUGGGACUUCGUUGUCCAGCUGUAUGCAGUUGUAGUUCUGUUCUCUCAAAAGGAUGAGACAUCAGUUGUCAUUGAGAAUUUGAAGACCAAUGGAUCAAUUCAAUCGUUUGUUAAUUUUAUUUAUGAUAGCCCAGCUACUAUUAGGAUAACUAUUUAAUAUCUGCAUUGACCCUUUUUGCACAACUCUUUUGACUCAUCACAUAUGCUGCUGCUGCUUUUUAUUAUCUAUCCAGUUGCGUAGUCACUUUAUCCCUACAUAUAUGUACAUACAGUUGAAGUCGGAAGUUUACAUACACUUAGGUUGGAGUCAUUAAAACUCGUUUUUCAACCACGCCACAUUUCUUGUUAACAAACUAUAGUUUUGGCAAGUUGGUUAGGACAUCUACUUUGUGCAUGACACAAGUAGUUUUUCCAACAUUUGUUUACAGACAGAUUAUUUAACUUAUAAUGAAUUCACUGUAUCACAGAAGUUUACAUACACUAAGUUGACUGUGCCUUUUAAACAGCUUGGAAAAUUCCAGAAAAUGAUGUCAUGGCUUUAGAAGCUUCUGAUAGGCUAAUUGACAUCAUUUGAGUCAAUUGGAGGUGUACCUGUGGAUGUAUUUCAAGGCCUACCUUCAAAAUCAGUGCCUCUUUGCUUGACAUCAUGGGAAAAUCAAAAGACCUCAGAAAAGAAUUGUAGACCUCUACAAGUCUGGUUCAUCCCUGGGAGCAAUUUCCAAAGGCCUGAAGGUACCACGUUCAUCUGUACAAACAAUAGUACGCAAGUAUAAACACCAUGGGACUACGCAGCCGUCAUACUGCUCAGGAAGGCGACGCGUUCUGUCUCCUAGAGAUGAACGUACUUUGGUUCGAAAAGUACAAAUCAAGACCAGAACAACAGCAAAGGACCUUGUGAAGAUGCUGGAGGAAACGGGUACAAAAGUAUCUAUAUCCACAGUAAAACGAGUCCUAUAUCGACAUAACCUGAAAGGCCGCUCAGCAAGGAAGAAGCCACUGCUCCAAAACCGCCAUAAAAAAGCCAGACUACGGUUUGCAACUGCACAUGGGGACAAAGAUCGUACUUUUUGGAGAAAUGUCCUCUGGUCUGAUGAAACAAAAAUAGAACUAUUUGGCCAUAAUGACAUUUACAUUUUAGUCAUUUAGCAGACGCUCUUAUCCAGAGCGAUUUAUAGUAAGUGACUGCAUACAUCUUUUUUUUUUUCAUACCAUCGUUAUGUUUGGAGGAAAAAGGGGGAUGCUUGCAAGCCAAAGAACACCAUCCCAACCGUGAAGCACAGGGGUGGCAGCAUCAUGCUGUGGGGGUGCUUUGCUGCAGGACUGGUGCACUUCACUAAAUAAAUGGCAUCAUGAGGAAGCAAAAUGAUGUGGAUAUAUUGAAGCAACAUCUCAAGACAUCAGUCAGGAAGUUAAAGCUUGGUCGCAAAUGGGUCUUCCAAAUGGACAAUGACCCAAAGCAUACUUCCAAAGUUGUGGCAAAAUGGCUUAAGGACAACAAAGUCAAGGUAUUGGAGUGGCCAUCACAAAGCCCUGACCUCAAUCCUAUAGAAAAUGUGUGGGCAGAACUGAAAAAGCGUGUGCGAGCAAGGAGGCCUACAAACCUGACUCAGUUACACCAGCUCUGUCAGGAGGAAUGGGUCAAAAUUCACCCAACUUAUUGCGGGAAGCUUGUGGAAGGCUACCCGAAACAUUUGACCCAAGUUAAACAAUUUAAAGGCAAUGCUACCAAAUACUAAUUGAGUGUAUGUAAACUUCUGACCCACUGGGAAUGUGCUGAAAGAAAUUAAAGCUGAAAUAAAUCAUUCUCUCUACUAUUAUUCGGACAUUUCACUUUCUUAAAAUAAAGUGGUGAUCCUAACUGACCUAAAACAGCGAUUUUUUACUAGGAUUAAAUGUCAGGAAUUGUGAAAAACUGAGUUUAAAUGUAUUUGGCUAAGGUGUAUGUAAACUUCCGACCUCAACUGUAUUUACCUCAAUUACCUCGUUCCUCGGUACUGGUACCCCAUGUAUAUAGCCAAGUUAUCGUUACUCAUUGUGUAUUUAUUCCUCGUGUUAUUAUUUUAUAUUUUUCUCUCUGCAUUGUUGGGAAGGGCCCGUAAGUAAGCAUUUCACUGUUGGUCUACACCUGUUGUUUACGAAGCAUGUGACAAAACCAAUUUGAUUUGCUGUGAGACCUAUGUUCCAUUCGUUUGCUAUUUUUGAGUAUGAUUGCCACUCAAUUAAUGUGUAAAAUGAUUGGUACUCAUAAUCUCUCGGCCCCUCCCUCUGAACAGGGCCCUGUGUUGAUUGGCAGCUCUCAGGGGGGCGUGAACAUCGAGGAUGUGGCAGCGGAGAAUCCCGACGCCAUCGUGAAGGAGCCAAUUGACAUAAUGGAGGGAAUCAAGAUGGAACAAGCUGUUUCGGUACAUUUGAGAUCGGGUUGUAAAAAUACCUCUUGAUUUGUCUUUGUCUCUUAGAUCACAGGAAACACUACACAUUCUGGGAAAUAAACAAUACUCGACCUGAAUUUAAAGCUAUUUUGGUACACGUUUAAACAAACGACUUGCGGCAACAUUUAUAUUCAUAUUAGGUCUGUCUUGAGUUUCUCUCUAAAGACAAGGGCCUCAGAACCUUAUUAGUUAGGCAUGUCCCCUCACACAGUGUAAUAUCUUUAAAAGUCAGGUUUUUACUUAGACAUGCUCACUCAACAUGCCAACUCACACACUACAUGUCACUUAGAAUGCCUGCAAUGUUACCAUGACCUGACAACGUCUCUCUCACAUUCACUCUACCCCUCAUUGUCAGGCGUUCCUCCUCUCCUUCAACUCCUCUUACCUUCAAUUGAAUUCAAGAGUGUUUUACAAGCUGGUAAUAGAUUUGUAAAUGUUGCUAAAGUAGAAGGAAAUUACAGGAACACUGUAGAUUGAAGAACUGAUAUUGAUACAUUUCUUUCUUUCGCUCCCUCUAUCUUCUCUCUCUCUCCAGAUUGCCACAAAGAUGGGCUUCCCUGCUGCUCUGAUCGACGACGCAGCUGCUAACAUAAUCAAGCUCUACAACGUCUUCAUGAAGUACGACGCCUCCAUGCUGGAGAUCAACCCCAUGGUGGAGGACGCCUCUGGCCAGGGUACACACACUUGCUUUUCGUUCCCAGUGAUGUUGUUAUUCACGCCAGUGUUAAGAGCUGGGUGAGAGCGUGUUGCCAGUCAGUGUUAAAUGCUUGGUUGAAGGCUUCUCCCAUUGAUCUAUGACUCACUGUCAAUCAUUCUCAUUAACGCACUCACAGUGAAAAACCCUAGUGUGAAUCACUGCACUUUUAACUGAUGGGCCAAUUAGGCAGCUAAACCCCAUAGUACUGAAGGAAUGGUGGUGUUAUUGCACAACCAACCGUCUUCAACAUCAUAGCCAUACAUGGUAGAGUAUGGUGGCUGAUAAGGGUAACAUAUGAGGCCCUAUUUUAACUUUGAAAUGUAAGUCGUUCCAGUGCUGAUAUGUACUUUGAAUGAUCUUGUGGUUAUGGGCUGACUUGACCAACCCCAUACAUACCAGGAGUGUUGAUUGACAGCAGGAAUAGCCUAUGCUGGCCCUUUGACCCUACUACAUCAGCAAACAUCUGUAGUGGUCUCUGUCUUAUCUGUCACCAACCCAGAUAUGUCCUUGACAUGUACAGUACAGCCAACCAAGGUUACACAGUAAAGCUAUGUCACAGAACUAUACUCAACAAAAAUAUAAACGCAACAUGUAAAGUGUUGGUUUCAUGAGCGGAAAUAAAAGAUCCCAGAAAUUGUCCAUAUGCAUAAAAAGCUUAUUUCUCUCAAAUUUUGUGCAUAAAUUUGUUUACAUCCCUGUUGGUGACAAUUUCUCCUUGCCAAGAUAGUCCAUCCACCUGACAGGUGUGGCAUAUCAAGAAGCUGAUUAAACAGCAUGAUCAUUACUAGGGCUGUCCCCGACUAAAAAAUAAUCUUAGUUGACCAAGAGUUAUUUUGACCAAUCGAUUGGUUGAAACGUUAAAAGGUGUAUUUUUCCAUAUAUAGACACAUCUUAUGUGUUUUAAUCAAAUCAACUAUAUGCACUGAGCUUGUCUGAUGCUUUAAGCACAUGGUUUAAUGAAAUAAUUAAGACACACAAAUUACUAGAGGGAGUCCAACCGCUAUUGAUUUGAUUGUGCCGGGCCUGGCUCAGACUUUCUGUGUUAAAAAAGACAGCGAGUGACUGUGUGACUAGCACCCGUUGUCUCUCUCUCCUCCCUGCUGCAGCGACCACCACAGAACAUCAGCAGUGUGUAUCACGCUGUCCGUGUUGCUGAAGCUGCAACAUAAUUAUAGCCAUUUCUAACCCUAAUUUGUUUAGGAAAAACAUUCCCUAUUCCCUCAUUCCUUGCUCUCUUUACGUGACACAUGUAUGCAUCGCCAAUAGGGCGUGACCUAUAGCAUAUCAUAAUCACAUCAAUAAAUUGGUUAUAACAAACUCUGAACACCGUAACAUAUGUGACAGCAAAAUGGAUGCAGAGGACGUGACAAAUAAACUCAAAAUGGGGAAUGUUUACUGGUUGCUCAGGAGGUAGACGGGAAGUCAGAUAUGUGGAAUGUGACUAGUUGUGGAAAAUACUGGAGAUCAAGAAAAAGAAGUUAAGGAGCAAGCGCUGCGUCCAUACUAUGUGUGCCAAACAGGUGCUGUUAGAUUAGAAUAUAAUUUUUCUGACCGUUUAGAACAAUGUAAACAACAGUAAAUUAUAAGCGUACCAGAGAGUCUGUUGUAAAGCCUUUAUUACAGCAAAGACUAAAAACAGUUGUGAAUGCGAUUUCCGAAAUGGAACGGUUUAGGCCUAUUUAUUGUUUACGCUAAUUAUUCAAUGGUCGAUUUUGUUAUUUUAUUUUUAAACUAAAAUGACAGGAACAAAUAAAUUAUUGAUUGAUACAGUAGCCUAUUUAAAUUGAAAUAUAGGCCUAAGUAAGUUAUGGUAUUAAAACUAAACAGCAUGCGCUCUUAGGCCUACAGCUCGAUGGUGGUUAUACAAGGCUGCUAUACUAAGCCUACUAAUGACAUUACUUAUUAUUAUAAUGAUGAUCAUAAUAAUAGUAAUAAUAACAAUAAGGAGAUCAAGGGAAAAUUAGGGUUAUUAUUAUAAAUAUAAUUUUUCUGAUAAUUUGGAACCGUGUAAAUAACACUAAAUCAAUUAUAAAUAAUACCAGAGAGGCUGGUCUAACGACUUGUGGCUGUGAUGCUUGGUGCUCACGGAAUCAGUAGGCUAUUAAACAAACACUCAAACAGGCAACAGAAGCAGGAUCUGUCUUAUUUCUGUAGAUCUACAGUACCAGUCAAAAGUUUGGACACCUACUCAUUCAAGGGUUUUUCUUUAUUUUGACUAUUUUCUACAUUGUAGAAUAAUAGUGAAGACAUCGAAACUAUGACAUAAUACAUAUGGAAUCAUGUAAUAACCAGAAAAUGUUAAACAAAUUAAAAUAUAUUUGAGAUUUGAGAUUUUUUAAAUAGCCACCCUUUGCCUUUAUGACAGCUUCGCACACUCUUGGCAUUCUCUCAAACAGCUUCACCUGGAUUGCUUUUCCAACAGUCUUGAAGGAGUUCCCACAUAUGCUGAGCACUUGUUGGCUGCUUUUCCUUCACUCUGCCGUCCGACUCAUCCCAAACCAUCUCAAUUGUGUUGAGGUCAGGGGAUUGUGGAGGCCAGAUCAUCUGAUGCAGCACUCCAUCACUCUCCUUCUUGGUAAAAUAGCCCUUACACAGCCUGGAGGUGUGUUGGGUCAUUGUCCUGUUGAAAAACAAAUGAUAGUCCCACUAAGCCCAAACCAGAUGGGAUGGCGUAUCGCUGUAGAAUGAUGUGGUAGCCAUGCAGGUUAAGUGUGCCUUGAAUUCUAAAUAAAUCACAGACAGUGUCACCAGCAAAGCACCCCCACACCAUAACACCUCCUCCUCCAUGCUUUACGGUGGGAACUACACAUGCGGAGAUCAUCCGUUCACCCACACCGUCUCACAAAGACACGGCAGUUGGAACCAAAAAUCUCAAUUUGGACUCCAGACCAAAGGACAAAUUCCCACCGGUCUAAUCUCCAUUGCUCGUGUUUCUUGGCCCAAGCAGGUCUCAUCUUCUUAUUGGUGUCCUUUUAGUAGUGGUUUCUUUGCAGCAAUUCGACCAUGAAGGCCUGAUUCACACAGUCCCAUCUGAACAGCUGAUGUUGAGAUGUAUCUGUUACUUGAACUCUGUGAAGCAUUUAUUUGUGCUGCAAUUUCUGAGGCUGGUAACUCUAAUGAACUCAUCCUCUGCAGCCUAGGUAACUCUGGGUCUUACAUUCCUGUGGCAGUCCUCAUGAGAGCCAGUUUCAUCAUAGCGCUUGAUGAUUUUUGCGACUGCACUUGAAGAAACUUUCAAAGUUCUUGAAAUGUUCCAUAUUGACCGACCUUCAUGUCUUAAAGUAAUGAUGGACUGUUGUUUCUCUUUGCUUAUUUGAGCUUGGUCUUUUACCAAAUAGGGCUAUCUUCUGUAUACCACCCCUACCUUGUCACAACACAACUGAUUGGCUCAAACACAUUAAUUUGUGGAAUUUCUUAACUUUUAAGAAGGUACACCUGUUCAUUGAAAUGCAUUCCAGGUGACUACCUCAUGAAGCUGGUUGAGAGAAUGCCAAGAGUGUGCAAAGCUGUCAUAAAGGCAAAGGGUGGCUAUUUGAAGAAUCUCAAAUAUAAAAUAUAUUUUGAUUUGUUUGAACACUUUUUUGGUUACUACAGGAUUCCAUAUGUGUUAUUUCAUAGUUUUGAUGUCUUCACUAUAAUUCUACAAUGUAAAAAUAAAGAAAAACCCCUGAAUGAGUAGGUGUGUAUAAACUUUUGACUGGUAGUGUAUAUGGAUGAUUUAUAAAGCCACACCAUGAUUUUUCUAAAUGUAUUUUGCUACUGCUCGACUAAAGAAGUCUCAGUCGACCAACAGCCUAUCGACCAAACAAUCGACAAGUCGACUAAAUGGGGUCAGCCCUAAUCAUUACACAGGUGCACCUUGUGCUGGGGACAAUAAAUGGCUACUCUAAAAUGUGUCGUUUUGUCACACAGCAUAAUGCAGUCGUGUGGGUGAGCGGUUUGCUUAUGCCAACGUUGUGAACAGAGGUGGUGGUGGGGUUAUGGUAUGGGCAGGCAUAAGCUACGGACAACAAACUCAAUUGCAUUUUAACAAUGGCAAUUUGAAUGCACAGAGAUACCGUGAUGAGCCCCUGAGGCCCAUUGUUGUGCCAUUCAUCCGCCGCCAUCACCUCAUGUUUCUGCAUGGGUCCAUGUCGCAAGGAUCUGUACACAAUUCCUGGAAGCUGAAAAUGCCCCAGUUCUUCCAUGACCUGCAUACUCACCAGACAUGUCACCCAUUUAGCAUGUUUGGGAUGCUCUGGAUUGACAUGUACGACAGCGUGUUCCAGUUCCCGCCAAUAUCAAGCAACUUUUCACAGCCAUUGAAGAGGAGUGGGACAACAUUCCACCGGCCACAAUCAACUGCCUGAUCAACUCUAUGCGAAGGAGAUGUCGCGCUGCAUGAGGCAAAUGGUGGUCACACCAGAUACUGACUGAUUUUCUGAUCCACGGCCCUACCUUUUUUUAAGGUAUCUGUGUCCAACCGAUGCAUAUCUGUAUUCCCAGUAAUGUGAAAUCCAUAGAUUAGGCCCUAAUGAAUUUAUUUCAAUUGACUGAUUUCCUUACAUGAACUGUAACUCAGUAAAAUCUUAGAAAUUGUUGCAUGUUGUGUUUAUAUUUUUGUUCAGUAUAGAUACUCUGUUGCACCUUGGACCAGGCAUUGGAAAAUGUCCCCUCAAAGUAUAAACGGACAUCUGCCUCUGGCUGUGUCGUAAAGAAGUUACAGGGUCAUUGGGUUUGUCGCCCAACGAUGAUGUCAGCCAUCUUGGGCUCAGCCUCUGUCUCCUGUGUGUCCCUCUGACAGUGAUGUGCAUGGACGCCAAGAUCAACUUUGACUCGAAUGCAGCGUAUCGCCAGAAGAAGGUGUUUGACAUGCAGGACUGGACCCAGGAGGACGCCAGGGACCGACAGGCAGCCAAGGCUGACCUCAACUACAUUGGCCUGGACGGAUCCAUCGGCUGUCUGGGUGAGCGCCACAACACACCCACCACUGGUUCACAGCACCACACACCUAGCUUUGUAGUAGCAGUAGUGAUAGAAAUCUUUGUUUUUUGUGUAUUCACUCUAUAUUCUCUGUGUGUGUGUAGUGAACGGGGCUGGUCUUGCCAUGGCCACCAUGGACAUCAUCAAGCUGCAUGGUGGCACGCCCGCCAACUUCCUGGACGUGGGGGGCGGAGCUACAGCCCACCAGGUGAUGGAGGCCUUCAAACUCAUCACGUCUGACAGGAAGGUAAGGACUGGGAGUGGGGGACACACCUAUCAUCUCUGGUUGUCUUUGAAGAAGCAUUAAGCUGCAGUAGGCACACACUUCUCUCACUGUGGCACCAAUAGGCACAGAUGUCAUGUGUUCCACAGUCCUUCACCCUGACCUCUAACCCCAACUGGAACGGGACGGCUGGGUAUCUGGAUCAUGAGCAGCCUGCAGUUGAUGCUAUUGAUGUUUUGAUGGAGUUAGGGGGUAGGGAUUAAUUAGGAAUUCCUGAUGUUUGGAUCUUCAGGAAGGUUACGGUUGUAUAAAGUAACUUUUCAGUACAUGCAUCCCCUAGUUAGUAGGUGCAUCUUUUGACAGUCAUUGCUGGAGUUACCUGAAGAUAUCAGCAGGAGAGCUCACUUUGGGGGUGGGCUUUACUACUGGUGGAACCUAUGGGCCCUUCAUUGGACACUGUGUUAACAAACCUCCAAACGAGCUUCAACGCCAUACAACACUCCUUCCGUAGCCUCCAACUGCUCUUAAACACUAGUAAAACUAAAUGCAUGCUCUUCAACCGAACGCUGCUUGCACCCGCCUGCCCGACUAGAAUCACCACUCUCGGCGGGUCUGACCUAGAGUAUGUGGACAACUACAAAUACCUAGGUGUCUGGUUAGACUGUAAACUCUCCUUCCAGACUCACGUUAAGCAUCUCCAAUCAAAAGUUAGAUCUAGAAUCGUCUUCCUAUUUCGCAACAAAGCCUCCUCCACUCAUGCUGCCAAACAUGCCCUCGUAAAACUGACUAUCCUACCAAUCCUUGACUUCGGCAAUGUCAUUUACAAAAUAGCCUCCAACACUCUUCUCAGCAAAUUGGAUGUAGUCUAUCACAGUGCCAUCCGUUUUCUCACCAAAGCCCCAUAUACUACCCACCAUUGUGACCUGUACGCUCUUUUUGGCUGGCCCUCACUACAUAUUCGUCGCCAAACCCACUGGCUCCAGGUCAUCUAUAAAUCACUGCUAGGCAAAUCCCCGUCUUAUCUUAGCUCACUGGUCACCAUAGCAACACCCACCCGUAGUCUGCGCUCCAGCAGGUAUAUCUCACUGGUCAUCCCCAAAGCCAACACCUCCUUUGGCCGCCAUUCCUUCCAGUUCUCUGCUGCCAAUGACUGGAACGAACUGCUAAAAUCUCUGAAGCUGGAGACUCUUAUCUCCCUCACUAACUUUAAGCGUCAGUUGUCAGAGCAGCUUACCGUUCACUGCACCUGUACACAGCCAUUCUGAAAUUAGCCCAAACUACCUCAUCCCCAUAUUGUUAUUUAUUUAGCUAAUUUGCACCCCAGUAUCUCUAUUUGCACAUCAUCUUUUGCACAUCUAUCAUUCCAGUGUUAAUUACGAAAUUGUAACUAUUUUUGCACUAUGGCCUAUUUAUUUAUUGCCUUACCUCCAUAAAUUACUACAUUCGACCACACUGUAUAUAUAUUUUCUGUAUUUUUGACUUUAUGUUUUGUUUACCCCAUAUGUAACUCUGUUGUUGUUUUUAUCACACUGCUUUGCUUUAUCUUGGCCAGGUCGCAGUUGUAAAUGAGAACUUGUUGUCAACUGGCUUACCUGGUUAAAUAAAGGUGAAAGAAAAAAAAAAUGGGGUGACAUUUAUCUGGGGGAUUUUUAAUGGAGGAGGACUUUAGAGGGAACACCUAUGAGAGUACAGGGAGGGUUCUCACCUGCUGUGUGACAUACAGUUAGUGAUUCAUUCAUUGAUGGGUGCGAGUAGGUUUUUGAUAGAUGGUUAAAAGCUCUCUCAUGGGAGAUUUGUGGCUAAUUUCCUAUCACUGUCUCUGUGUUGACACCUGCUUAGUGUGGUCCUAAUGGCGUCUGUGGUUUAUUAUCCACUGGGGGUUUGGAGCCACAGUAAUGGUGUUGUAUUUAUAAGUGUUCAUUUAAACCACUAUAGUUUUAUAAUACACAUUACAUUUACAGUGUGAUGUUGAUUUUAUAGGAGUUUUUAGGUUUGGUUUUGUUAUUGUUCCUGUAUGGAUUUGUGAUUGCUUUGUAUUUGGUCUUGUUUCUAUGGUCAAUAUCUUCGGUCAUGCUUUCAUGGUUAACGUAUUUUGUUUGUGGUCCUCAGGUGCAGGCCAUCCUUGUGAACAUCUUCGGUGGCAUCAUGAGGUGUGACAUCAUCGCUCAGGGCAUCAUCAUGGCUGUCACAGACUUGGACCUGAAGAUCCCCAUUGUGGUGCGGUUACAAGGUGAGACUGACCUCCCUUAUACAGUCAAGCAUCAGGUAGCCAGCACAAUAGCAGCUUGGCAAGACCACCCUGUGGUAAUUACAGUGAAAACUAUUUUAGCUUUGUUAUGUAGUCAUAGGCUACUGCACUGCCAUUUUGGUGUACAUACACAAACACACACACACUGGGCUGGGAGAGAGGGAGGGGACGACAGUGGAGCGUGGCCUUUUAAAGGUCAAAGAGCAAGCAGUCUGUCAGGAUUAGGGUCUUCUAAUACUUCCCCACACACACACUAGUGAUGGGGGACAAAAAAUAGAUACAGUUGCAUAUCGGGAUAUUAUUUUUUACAAUAUCGUUUUCACUAUCGCAAUAUUAUUUUUAUUGCUAGUUGGCUGUGCCUGCACCAGAACUGCAGUAUUUUUCCUUCAUAGCUUGUUCUCUAUCUUCUUUUUAAAUAAGGUACCAAUUUGUUUUCAGCCCUUUUAUUUCCAUGACUGAUAAACUCGUUUUCACAUGGCUCUCUUGUCUCUCUGCAGCAGACAUAUGGUGAGCAAUAUGUUUGGAAUAUCGAAUCGGAAUAAAAUCAUAUUAUUGAAUCGCAAUAAAUAUAGAAUCGUGAGAAUUGCAAUACAUAUCAUAUCGGCACCUAAGUAUCACGAUAAUAUUGUAUCGUAUAAUUCCCAGCCCUAACACACACACACACACACACACACACGCAUGCAUGCACACAACCAGCGCUGUGGGACCCUGUAGCUCCCAGCCUUAUUCCAGGCUCUCCCUUCUGGGCACGUUUUGAAACACACAGGGAUGUAUAGAAUGUGUGAAGUUAUACAGAACUCAAUCACUCAUAAACUAGAUGUAAUUGGACUAAAAUGAUUGCCUUCACAAAUGGUUUAGUUACUUAUAAUGAACUUCUAAUUUAUUUAGUCUGCUAUUUUGAUGGAAUGCUUUUGUAAUCAUGAUGCAGGGUUAUUAUUCCAAUGAUCUAGCCUAUGGUUUGUUCAGUCGCCUGCAUUAAUGCCUUGCAUGUAUAUUAAAGGUCAUUCUACUUGUAUGUGUGCAAUGCUGCACGACAAAUGUCCAUAACAAGAAUAAUCACCUACUCUAAUAUAAAAUGUAAUCUAGACCACAUUUACAGUAUACCAAACGCCAUCAUUCAUGUUUGGGAAAUAUAAUAGGACUGAAAUUAUGCAAUUGAUGAGUUUAACUCACUAAUAGUGCAGAUAAAAAGCUAUAUAAAAGAGAACCAAAGUGCUUUCUAAAAGAUCGAGGCUAAAGAGGGACUGCUGCUCUGCUGUGUUUCAGGAUCCAGAGUGGACGAUGCCAAAGCUCUGAUCGCCGCUAGCCCACUGAAGCUCCUGGCCUGUGACGAUCUGGACGAGGCAGCUAGAAUGGUACACACACACACCUCUCUCCCUUUCUCUACCUCUACCCCUCUAAGCACCCUGUCUGGGUUAUGGAGGGUGGUGUGUGUGUGGUACACUAGGUCUAUGUGAAGUGUGUGAAUGUGAAAAGGUAUGUCAGGCACCGUUUGUGAGGGUCAAGAGCAAUGAGGUCUAUCUGAGGGCAAUGUGUAAACAUGUGUGUGAGACAAGGGGCACCAGCAGGGUAGGUUGUGUGUGUGUGUGUGUGUGUGUGUGUGUGUGUGUGUGUGUGCGCGCGGUGUGUGUCAAUUGACACCGUCAGGGUAUAGUGACAGUUUAAACGCAGCUGACUGGCUGAAGUGACACUGCCUGAGUUUUAUGGCUUUGACUUCUGGCAGAGCUAGCAGCAGUGACAUUGAGUCAGAGCAGAGGCCCCCUUCCUCUUAUCUCUCCCCUCCAUCUAUCUUUCCCUCUACCACUAGUCUGGAUUGGCUCUCACUGACUCUCACCAUCUCUCCACUCGCUCUCCUUUGUUUUUAGAGUGUUCUACUCCCCAAAGAGACAAGUAUCAGUUAGCCAGCACAAUGGCAGCUUGGCAUGACCACCCUGUGGCAGUUACAACCCCCCGCAAUUAAAACUAUUCACUUUUAGUGUUUUUGUCUGUUUUUAAAUGAGACAACUCACCCUGCUGCUGUGCUUGUGUUUAAACUUUUCUCUCUCUCCUCCUCUCUGUUUCCUCUCUUUGCAGGUUGUAAAGCUUUCUGAAAUUGUGUCGCUGGCUCAGGAGGCUCAUGUUGACAUCUCUUUCCAGCUUCCACUCUAAGCCACGCCCCUUGACCCUACGACCCCAUCUGAACCCCGACACCCCACCCCUUGAACAGCAAGAAGAGCCUCUCACUACUGAGAGAAUACUCCAAUACAACACAGCCCACCAACUCCUCUCUGUUAGUUCUGUUUCUCUCUCUCUCUCUCUGUGGCAAGACUCCAAAAUACACACACACAUACAGGUAACUGCCAAAUUAAAGGAAACUGAGUAAAUGAGGGAUACAAAUGCACCCACGGACGUUAGUUUCUUCUCCGCAAUGAGUCUGGAUAUGAGUACCUUCCCUACCCUUCUCCAAAUGCGAACACAUUCAGGGCCGUCUCAUUGGUCCAGAAACCGAUGAGUUGGGCCAGAGCCAGAACACACGUGUGUAAAGCGGCGGUUUGAAAAUGUAAUUGACUUUCAUACUCUGAUUGGUUAGAGACGAUCCAAUCGCUGAUUCCUUUGUUUUGUACAAUACCCCUUGUCACCACAAAUUACUUUAAUGAUGUCAGUCUGACUGUAAUAUGUAGCGAACGACAGAGCA